UUUUUCAUGAAAAUUUUCUUCCAGCUUAGAAUUAAAUGAAGGGAAAGCGAGCUAUCGUCCUCAGACAUAAGAUUUUCAAGCAAGGAAGCGCAAAUAGAACAAUGCAGCUAUUGAUGGUUUGGAAAAGUCUUAAGAUAUGUGGUGUUAGAAGAGGUAGCACAGAUUGGAGAAACAGCAACCCAGUAUCCGUGAGAAAGUUGAUGUUGAAUUUUCCUUUUGACUCUGGUUGGAUACACUUACAAGCACCAGGAAGAUGGAUGGCAACUCUUGCUAGCCCUAUGGCAGACAGGGUGCAAAGGAAGCACAACACAAGCUCAGUAUCUUUCCCAAAGGCACCUCCCAGAUUCAAGCUUCUUGCAGAUUUCUUUGGGGUGAGCAAAUCACAAGCCCAGAGAAUAGUUGAGGGUGACCCAAGACUAGGAGUGUGA